UCUUCCUCCUCCUCUAUCCGCUCUGUGGAAUAAACAUGGCGAUGUUGACAAGUACAAUGUUUUCAACGCAGCAGCAUUGAUCCUCUAGAUUAAAUCAAAAGGACGUUGGAUAUUAUAUGUAACCGGAUUAGGACACACUGUUGGGUUCCUGGAGCGAGACAAACAAUAUUCACGAGUUAAAAUUGGAUCGAAAAUUCCACCAUGCCUCUGCUGUUUUUGGAGAGGUUUCCCUGGCCCAGCCUGCAGACCUACACAGCACUGAGUGUAGCUUUGCUUGCUGGUAGCAUCUUCAGUGCCUAUACUACUGUGACAGAUCCAGGUUUUGGGUCAUUGGAAACUGAUGAAACACAAGCCCCUUCAGAAGUGGAUCUGGAUCUUAACAAUGACAUUAGCAAUACAGAACUGGCAACCACUGUCCUGUGGUACCUUGUCACUGAUAGUCUUUUUGUAUGGGUAUUAGUCAACACAUUCUGCUGCUCCUUGAUGUUAAUUGCUAAAAUGAUUCAGUAUGUGGUGUUUGGUCCACUUAGAGUCAGUGAGAAACAGCACCUUAAAGAUAAGUUUUGGAACUUCAUAUUCUACAAAUUCAUUUUUAUCUUUGGCGUUCUGAACGUGCAGACAGUAGAGGAGGUUGUCAUGUGGUGCUUGUGGUUCUCUGCCCUGGUCUUUCUCCACCUUAUGGUGCAGCUCUGCAAAGACCGAUUCGAAUAUCUGUCAUUCUCGCCUUCCACCCCCAUGAACAGCCAUGUGCGAGUGCUGUGUCUGCUGGUUUCCCUGCUGCUGGACUGCUGUGGCCUGGCUGUGGUCUGUGGUUUGCUGGGAGCUUCCCAUGGCUUGCACACACUCUCUUUCAUGGCAGCAGAGUGUCUGCUUGUGACUGUUCGCACUGGUCACGUCAUCAUGCGCUACUCCAUUCAUUUGUGGGAUCUAAAGCAUCCAGGAACUUGGGAAAGUAAGGGAACAUACGUCUACUACACAGACUUCAUCAUGGAGUUGGCCAUGCUGUUUCUGGACCUCAUGCACCAUAUCCAUAUGUUGCUCUUUGGUAACAUUUGGUUGUCCAUGGCAAGCUUGGUCAUCUUCAUGCAGCUGCGCUACCUCUUCCACGAGGUCCAGCGCCGUGUCCGAAGACACAAGAACUACCUACGUGUCAUCAACAACAUGGAGGCCAGAUUUGCUGUUGCUACUGCAGAGGAACUCGCAGCUAAUGAUGAUGACUGUGCCAUCUGCUGGGAUACCAUGUUGACAGCACGUAAACUACCCUGCGGACAUCUCUUCCACAACUCAUGUCUUCGGUCAUGGCUGGAGCAGGACACUUCAUGUCCCACGUGUCGGACAUCCCUAAAUAUUAAUGGGGACGGGGGUCAAGCGAGGAGCCAGCAGCAGGGGGCAGGCUUAGAAGACAACAUGGGUGCAGUCGGACCUGCUGCAGAUGCUAGACCACAUAUUAACCAACACAACCACUUUUUCCACUUUGACGGUCAGUUGUUGAGCCAUACGUAUGCGUUUUUUUGUCACACAGGUUUACUGCAUGUGAAGAAUAAUAAUGAAACAUGUUUGUUUCCAGGAUCCCGCAUUGCCAGCUGGCUGCCAAGUUUUUCUGUGGAAGUAAUGCACACAACCAAUAUCUUGGGUAUGGCUCAGGCCAACAACUCACAGCUCACAGCCAUGGCCCAUCAGAUUCAGGAGAUGUUCCCUCAGGUGCCGUCCUAUCUGGUAAUGCAGGACCUCCAACUGACACGCUCUGUGGAAGUCACCACUGACAACAUCCUGGAAGGACGCAUCCAGGUUCCUUUCCCCACACAGGCCAUAGAGCGGGGCCCUAUACAGGUGAACUCUGCAACGGAGGAGCAGGAGGAGGCCAGCGGAUCAGCAGAACAGGCCGCUGAGCCAGACAACAUCGAGGCCAGAGGAGGGCGCUUUUCCAAGUCGGCUGAGGAGAGGCAGAAGAUGCUGAAGCAAAGAAAGGAGGAAAUGCUCCAGCAAGCACGCAGGAGAUAUCUAAACAAGACCCCAGAGGACCAAGAUGAGGAUUUGCCUGGGCUCGAGGAGGACUCUGCUCUGGAAUUAGACUUAACUGUACUGAGACGUACAACCAUGGCUGCAGCUGCAGAGAGACGCAUGCAGAACCAACAAGACCCUGCACCCUGAUAAACACAGAUUGUCAUACUGCUGGCAACAUGGUCCACCACAUUAUCCUCCAAGAGGCACCAAAAGAGCUUGUCGAACCUUCCCCUGCGUGGUCGACUGUCAUCACUCAUUGAAAAAUGUAGUUAAAAAGUAUCAUCGACAUGGCCUUCGUGCCAUUCAAGCUGCCUAAGUAAAACGCGACUAAUGUGAAUGGCCUCUACAUCACUAAUUCCCUAAAGCCUGUGUUUUUGGAACAUCAUUUUAAAUUUGGAGGGUGCAAGUAAAAAAGAAAAGAAAUAGAGGAUGCAUCUUCUUUUAUUCACGUGCCACACUCUGCAACCACCAGCUUCAGUGGAGAGCCAGUAUCUGCCAUAACUCAGACUGGCUGUCAAACAUAAGCAUGCUUUGCAAUCGGAUUAUCAAAGUCUUUAUGAGAAGGGGUUAAAGGUAUCAUUUCUGUAUAGAGCUACUCUUUGGGUUCUUGUUUGUUCUAUUUUAUCUGACUUUUUUUUUUUUUUUUGCCGAUGGAGUGUCAGACUCCGUAUUCGGGAUGGAGAAACUCAUGAUGUAUUUGUGUGUUAUUUUAUGGGUUUUCACUGUGAAUUAAAUGUAGACAAAUGACAAUAUGUUUUACGUCUUACCUUUGAGUAAGAGAAUGUCACUUUAGUAUUUUUCAGCCUUUCUGUCAAAUAUGAAUGUGUCUGUCAAAAAAAUGCUGCAAAACAAAGUGUUUUUGGCCCGCAUGGGUUCUUCUGUAUUUAGUGUGUAAUGUCACCCAUUGCAGAUAGUUUGCAUUAUAUUAUUUAACAAGGAGGGAGAGGACUUGUGAUUCUUUGUUUUUUCUAAUACUGGUCCCCUGAGACGCUUGCAGAAAAGGGGAUGUAUUACAUUUUUGUGUAAGUGCAAUGGGUGUCAUCUCAUUCUUUCUUAAAUUACCCUUCAGUUAAGAUCAUCAAAUAUUUUUCUAAAUUCUGUGUAGUAAUGCUACGCAUGCAGUCUUCCUCUGUUUCAGUAGUGUUUUCCUCUGGAAGAAAAUGAUUAAACCUCUUGAAUGAGCAGCAAAACAAUAUGUGAGACUGAAUCCCAUUGGCUUUGUAAAUUCUCUAUUAACUGGAUGACUAAAAAUGUUUGUGGACAAUUUUUGAGGGUGAUUAUUUGUCUGCUCACAUUGAGGUAAAAAAUUAUACCUGCAAGGAACAUAAUCACCCUCUGGUCAAACAUGAUUUUUCUGUAAUUUUCCAGCAAUGUGCAGCAUUGCCCUUGAAGCUUUUUGGUAUUGAGUCUGUAGCCGGUUGACACAUAUCAGCUGAAAUACAGAUGUAGACUGUGUAUUAUAAAGGUUUGAGUUAUGUGGUUACAGUGCAAGAGCAGUUUGGGGUGAGAUGUGCAUGAAUCUAGCAAGUGCUUUUGUUUCCUUUCACUUUAUCCCAAAGAGAAGUCCACAAACCCCCAUGAAAAUCUCAAGUGUUGUGAUCUUUACUCUGUUAUUUUAUUUUCAAUCUCUGUUUGGGGGUGUUGUAAGAAGAUAGAUUCAAGACUCAAAAUGUAAAAAAAAUAAAAAUAAAUUCCAGUUUUGUUUUCAUUUUCAGUUUUGUCGUUCAGUAACUUUUAAUAUCCAUGAUAUAUUUUCCUAUUCAUGGGUUGUCUUUCGUAACCAUGACUUAUUUAAUCAAAACUGAAAUACUUUCUUCGACUGAACAUUCUUGUAAUUUUGUGCCUAAAUCAAGAAUGGUUCAGUUAUGGAUAAUUUCUGUAAAUCUAGUUUUUGUAAAAUACGUUACUACAAAAUACUCAAUAAACAGAGCUUUACAGCUUUUUAACAAAA